AUGAGUCAAAGACCAAAACGUAUUAUUAUUCAACACAAUAGCUUGGGUACUACACUUCCAAGCCAAAAUGUUGACUAUUCUAGUUCAGGCUUGAGUGGUACAUCGGAGGAUGAUAUUUUCUUUGAUUCCGAAAGUUAUUUGAGUGGUGAUGCUACUAUUGAUCGUAACUCAACUGUAUUGAGAGGUGGAAGAAGGAUGAAUAGAGGUAAUUCAUCAGCACAACAACCAUCAAAUGUUGUUACUUCAUCAGAGGUUGCAUCUCAUCAUAUUGAAAUUGAAAAUAUUGAACAAGCCCAUUCAUUCCCACCUUCUUCAAAUUUGAUGACAUUUUCCAGUACAGUUGAUAAGAAGAAAAAGUUGAGAAAAAAGAAUCUUCAAGUACAACAAGAUCAAGUUGUUAAAAAACAUUUAAAAGAUUUGAAAGAUGCAAAUAUAUUUCAUGGUGAUGCCACUGAGGAGGAUUACAAGAGUUUAUUUGUUAUUCCUCACGAAGAAAUUUGGACAACUAGUGAAUUUAGAAAUGUAAUUGAACCAGCUUUGAGAGAAUUUGAAGAACAAGGUUAUCAAAUGAAAGAAAAGAAGGCACCUUCCCUCAAGUCGCUCACUGCUCAUCAAAGAUAUCAUAAAUUGGUUGAACAACAAGCAAAGGAAGCCCUCAAUAGACAGUAUGAUGUAGAUUUUGUGACCUUAAUGGAAGAUAUUCUCAUUCCAUUCAUUAAUCAAAGAAAAGUUAUAGAUGAAGAAAAUGAAAAUAAGGAAGAAAAUACAGCUGAGCAACAAUCGGAAUUAGUAGAUAGAUUGAAGGGUAAUUUUAUGGUUUUGGUAUUAACUGAUGGUCAUAGACGUUUUCUUACACAUGCCAUUUGUCAAUUUUAUUCUUUGAAAUCAUUUAGUACGGAUUAUGAUGGAGCAAGAGUUACUGUCAUCUCAAAGAGAAGACACUUGGUGGAAUCUGAUGAUUAUCCUGUUUAUGAGUCACGUGCCAAUUACCUUUCUACAUAUCUUGCUCAAUUUAAGCAAGAAAAACCAUCAUAUAUGCUCGAUAAUGACCUGUUUAAACAUGAGGGGAAUGAAAUUAAGGUGCUGGAUAAGAAAUCAUUUGUUAAACAUUAUAGAAAGAAGAAGAAAAAGCAACAAGAAUAA